AUGUCAUUUCCAACUCUAAGUCCAGAUGACAUAAUCACAACUUUCAAAGAUUUUGGUUGCCCAAUUGACUUAACCAUAGAUGAAUUGAAUACACCCAACCCAAUCAAAGUUCAUUCCAUAUUCAAAUGGGUCUUAUCAGGUUUAUGUGAUAUUAAUAGAGCAUAUCUUUAUGAUGCAAUUGAAGAACCUUUACUUACUGUUCAUCAUCCUACAAUUUAUAAAUAUCGAUUGUUUACAGGUGUUUUUAAAGAUGCAAUAGUGCAAUUAAUGAGAUGUGCAGCAAUCUAUGAUUUUUCAGACCGUGAUUUACUUAAUCCAACUACAGAUUGA